CCAGUUCUAAAGGUCGUAUCUUGUCUGCGUGUAAAGCAUCGAAGAGACGUUUACCUGGUGAUUUUCUGCAUGAUGAUGGAGAGAGCACUGUUAUUGUUUGGACUGGUGGCUCUGGCCACUUCAUACGCAAUACCAGUUUCAACUAAGGUACACGAGGUGUAUGAGAAUGGUGAAGAUGAGAAUCCCAUCCUAAACAAGGAUUCAGACGACAGCCUCUUUGAAGGGGACAUUUUGAUUCCUCAAGAAGGAAAAAAUGCCCUGAUUGACAAGAGAUACAGAUGGAAGUUUCCCAUCCCUUACAUCCUGGGUGAUGACUUGGAUCUGAAUGCCAAAGGCUGCGUCCACCAGGCGUUUGAAAUGUAUCGGCUCAAGUCUUGCAUCGACUUCAAACCUUACGAAGGAGAGAAGACCUUCAUCAAGUUUGUCAAGAGAGGAGGGUGCUUCUCCAGCGUUGGCGUCCAGGAGAAUGGUCAGAUCUUGUCUUUGGGGAGAGGCUGUGACCACAAGGCGGUGAUUGAGCACGAGCUGCUCCACGCUCUGGGGUUUUACCAUGAGCAGUCGCGCACGGACAGGGACGACUACGUCGACAUCUGGCUGGACCAGGUUACGCCAGGACUUGAACACAAUUUCAACAAAUACAACGAUGACUUCAUCACUGAUCAAAACACGGCAUACGACUAUGAGUCUGUGAUGCAUUACAGGCCGUUCUCCUUCAAUAAGAACGAAUCCAUCCCCACUAUCACCACCAAAAUCCCAGAGUUCUACAACAUCAUUGGCCAGUACCUCGACUUCAGUGAGAAGGACACUCUGAGGCUCAACCGGAUGUACAACUGUUCUGGCCCGCUCACCCUGCUGGAUCAGUGUACUUUUGAGUAUGCCAGCAUCUGUGGGAUGAUCCAGACCUCAUCUGAUGAUGCUGACUGGAUACAUACCAAGAGCAGUGCGGGUGCUGAGGAUCACACAAUCCUAGGAAAGUGCACAGAUGCUGGUUACUUCAUGCACUUUAAUACUAAGACCGGGAAGCCCGAAGAGUCUGCUCUGCUGGAAUCCCGAACCCUCUACCCCAAGAGGAAGCUUCAGUGUCUGCAGUUCUUCUACAAGAUGACCGGUAGCUCCAAGGACAGGCUGGUGAUCUGGGUCAAAGAGGAUGAUGGCACAGGAACCGUUCGCAGAGUGAAGAAAAUACACACAUUUUAUGCGGAUUCUGACCAUACAUGGAAGAUCGCCCACGUCCCAUUAGAAGAAGGAGUGAAAUUCCGCUACGCUUUCCAAGCUGUGCGUGGUGACCCCUCUGGCUCAGCUGGUGGCAUCUACAUUGACGACAUCAGCCUGACCGAGACGCGCUGCCCCAACGCUGUGUGGAGGAUCCAGAACUUCUCCAAGAUCAUGGAAACAGCUGACAGCACCACUGUUAUUGACAGUCCUCGUUUCUACAGCCCUGAAGGCUACGGUUACGGUGUCCGCAUUAUGCCCUUGUCAAGUUACAGUGAUUAUACGGGGAACUACGUCGGCCUGUACUUUCACCUGGCCAGCGGGGAGAAUGACAUGGUGAUGCAGUGGCCAGCUGUAAACAGACAGGCCACGUUGGUGGUGAUGGACCAAGACCCAGACAUUAAGCUGAGGAUGUCCUCUGCUCGCAGUCUCACCACUGACAUGAGUAUGUCAGAUGGAAAGCUACUUUGGGACAAUCCCUCGAAUGUGGGGAGUUAUGACUCCUCCUGUGAUUGCUACAGAGGCACAUCGUGGGGUUGGAGGAACUUCAUCAAGCACUUUGACCUGAGGAGGCGCAACUACCUCAAGAACGACGAUCUCAUUAUCUUCGUCGACUUUGAGGACAUAACAUCACUAAUCAAGACUGAAGUUCCCAUUUCCGGGUAAAGUCACGCAGACUUCUGCCAUGAACCAAAGAAAGGAAUGCAGCACAUGAAGUGAACGUGAUGAGAAAACUCUGAAGAUGAAGAAAGAAUGGACAAACACUGCAGUAUCACAAUAAGAUGCAAAAUAAAACAUGUUUGGUUAUAUUUAGUAUAAAAAUAUGUACAUAACAUAUAUGUUCUUAAAAGUAUGCACUAGCUUUGAAUUGUGUUAUCACUGAAGUACUGUCUUAAUUAAAGUUAUUAAAUUAAACUCGAACAGCGAACAA